ACCAUCUAAGUAACAUAAUGCAUGUGUGGGACGGCAUACAUUCUCUUUGCAAUAAAGCACCUAGCAGGCCUGGUUCUCCAUUGCCUUGCUCCCUGCAUUAGUCAUCUACAUCCAUCCCAAGUGAAUGUGAAAUGCUACUUGAAGAGACUGGUCGCAUUUGACACACACUUUGCACAGGUGCAAAUGGUGAGGCAAGGCAGCAGCAAAUUGGACCUUUUCUUUGCAAUUGAUCUGUGUGCCAGCGAGUAUGUAUCCGUUUCACUUCAGCUGACUGUAAUGAGGCAGUGUGGCUCCCUGCCGCCCCGGAGGCCAGAGUGGGCAGAGCUAGGGAGCUCAGAGCCUGCCCCUCAGAGGGUCAGGCGGCGACCCGGAAGUAUAAAGGCUCGCCCUCAAAGCUCAGUAAGACCCGAACCGCCGGAGAGGCCAGACGCCUCCAGUCUAGCUUGUGACUGGGAAAACUCCACGGCCCAAGGCAGCCGCCAGGACUGGCCGGGCCUGCCCUGCGCUUGCUACUCGGAGGAGGUGCCGGACUUACCCUGUGCUCGCUACCUAGAGGAGUUGCCAGACCUGUCCUGCGCUCGCUACCGGGAGGAGUUGCCGGACCUACCCUGCGCUCGCUACCCAGAGAAGUUGCUGAGCCUGCUGCUCGCCCACUACCCAGAGGAACCUAUGGUGCUGCCCCCCCCCAGAGGACAACACCCUGACCCAGGCAGCUGUACACAUAUUAACAUACUGCUGGCCCCUGUGAUGUAUUCUGAAUAUGAAAUGAAGCGCAAAGCAAGCGAACACUGAAAAGGGUCUGGGAGCCAACUUUCCCAGUGGCACACGGUGAUUUCUCUGGUAGCCAGGACCUCAGCCAUGUGGUGGUUUAGAGAUAUGCGCUGACACCUUGAAUUGCCUCCAGGAGCCUGCAAGAUCUACUCUACAGAGAACUGCUAUCAGGUCCCUUCAGCUAGCAGCGACACAGAAACGGGCAGCUGCAUUCUGCACUAGCUCCAGGGUUGGGAUGGUUUUCAGAGAGCCCAUUGCUAUGUUGCUGUCUGGCGGCUGCCAACAGUCAUGGAAAGGACCACACACGCAGAAGAGAUGGUCACAAGUAAGACCGUGGCGAGCUGGCAGGAAUGAGAGGAGGCCAGUUUAAUGUCAGGGGUGUUUAGGUUAAGUUGACUCCUGCCUUCUCUGGGGUGGAGGGUAGAGGGCAUUUAAAUAUGGUGGUGGGCAGGGGGCUAGGGAGGCAAUGGGGCCAUGUUUUCAGGUGCCUCAGAUUCAGAGGCACUGAAAAUCAGGCUUCUUUAAGGUGUCUCCAGUACAGCAGCCAAAAUCACUGGGCAUUUGAAAAUUGAGGCCAAGGUCAGGCUAGAGGAGAAAUUCUGUCCAGAGUGGCAUCUAUUCCACGGGUCUGGCAGCUGCCAUGGGGUGCUGUGCCAGCUGGACCCAAUUCUGACCCACUUUUGUCGUGUGUGCAUGUGUCUAUUCCUCUUUUCUUUCCCCUCAGCUUGUCAAACUCAGGCCCAGCAAAGCAACAAAUCCAUCUUUUCAGAGAUCAAUUACUGUGUCUGGCUGCAAAGCCUGGAAAUCCAAUUAACUCUAAAAUAAAUAUAAGAAAAUGAAAAAUAUACUGAGGGGAGGGCAUAAAUCACCUCAAAAAUGUUCCAAACAUUAAAAUA